AUAUCGAGAGUUCAUUUUUUUGCGGCGUGCUGUCUGCAUCACACCGUCGUUUGUGCAUGGUUUGUGAAAACAUAACCUGGAAUAUAUAGCUUGAGUCAUUGAGGACUUGUGGCCGAUUGCACUGACUAUUCUGCUCUCAUCAAGUUGAGGAACCUUUUUUCUGACGUUGCUUCAACAACUUAACGAUGUCACUCACCAAAGAAGCCUCCCUGUCUGCUGAAGAGGCUGUUGAUCCGGGAGAUGGGGAGGAGAUCGAUGUCGUUUCCAUGGAUACCAAGUCGAGUGAUGAGGUCAAGGUUGAGGUCAUGACCCCAGAGCGUACCUCUCCCGUCACUGUCGUGGAACCUCCCACGGAGCCUACCACACCCCAGGAUACAGACCCACAGUGUUACUGUAACAAACCCAGGGACGGACUCAUGCUGCAGUGCGAUAUGUGCAAGAGGAAGUUUCAUAUGGGUUGUCUGAAGACUGGUAACCCCAGCACGCUGGAUGGCGACACCUACUUCUCCUUGAGAUGUGAAGGAUGUAGCCACACCCACGAAGAGGUAGUCACCAGGAUGAAGCUGACAUGGCAACAGGUGGUGAUUCUGUCGCUGUAUAACCUGAGUCUUAAGAAGAGCGGUCGCAAAGGGUUCUUCCGCUGGAAGGAGGACAUCUGUGAAUUCAUAUCGCAGCACUGGACCCUAAUCUUUGGCAACAGCAAAGCCAAGACCCAGACUUGGCACGGUACCGUCGCCGGUGUCCUCUCUGUCAGCAACAAGUCUCUCUUCAAGUCAGGAGCGUCCGAGUUCGGCGAGGCGGGCUGGUGGUCCCUGAUCGAGAUGAAACCGCCCGAGCUCAAACCAGAAAUUCCUCCUGGUACUGGGAAGCAGUAUGUAGCUGGUAGAAAAGCCAAGGUCCCCUUUGAACCAACCAUUAAGGUGGAGGGGUUGAGGAACAGGAAGAGGGGAACAUCUGUCGAAUCGGCCAUCGAACUAAAAGAAAAACGAUCCAGAACCCAGGAGGCCAAGGAUAUCCGCAGGGCCAAGCAGGCCAUUGCCAGUGAGGAGCUCAACAAGAAAGUAAAACUACAGAGGGAGGUGGACAUUGAUGAUAGUAGUAUGGACAGCUUUGGUAGCGAGAGCUUUGGGCUGCCCCCUUCUGUUCCCGAUUCACCCUCUGUCCUGAGCUUGCUUGGAGGCGACAACAGCUCAGACUUCCUUCUCUCCAAUCUCCUCAACGAAAGUGAUCUUACUCCAGCAGAGACCAUCCCCUCGGCCCUGAUGGCGGGAGACGAGGACGACUUCAUCCCCCCAUCCAAGGGCAUCCCUCUCUUCCGCAUCCCCACCCCGGUCUUGAGCAGCCAGGCCAGCAGCAGUAACAGCUCCUCCUUGGGUCUUGACAUCAAGGAAGGUGAUGGAGGAGACAAGGGCGGGGGGAAAGCAACCAUCGGCGACACCCGGGCGGAGACUGUCUCCAAGGCCAUGACCCGGAGGUCAAAGGUCAUGGAGGUCAAAGCGGAUGAGAAGCAGGAAGAAGGCCCGAAAUACCUGCCGAUGAGUGUCUACGAGGAGCAACAGUUACUGCGCGUGAUUGAAGCCUGCCCUCAAGCUGUCGAGAAGAACCCGGCCGCGAGACGGCUCAGGCGAAAACUACUGGUCCGACAGGAGAAGCGAGAUCGGGGCUUACCGCUGUUUGACCUUGACGCCACCAUGCAGCAGAUACUGCAGAAGGCGACCGACAUCCGGCCAACCUCAGUCUCGGACCUCUUACUCACCCAGAGUCCGCUGCGACACCUCAGCCCGUCCAAAGUAUCGUCCAGCCGCGACAGCGGCGAUUACCGCAUUCUGGAUCGCUUCCAGAUGCCUAAUACAGCCGUGAGAGCUCAACAGCGCCACCACACCUCCUUCAGAGCUCGACUAGUCGGUUGUGACGAAGCGGCCAUGAUGCAGAGUAUCAUAUCUCCAUACACGUCCAGAGUGCUGAAGCCUUUCAUUAGACGUGACUACGAGUCGCGUCCCGCCAAACUGAGAUUGAUGGAGGAGAUUAUACAGCAUCGCAAGCAGCAGGACCCUGCCUUCAUCCCCCAGCCCCUGGCCCCCAUCGACUACUGCUACCUCCGACCCCAACAUAUCCCAUCAGUCAACAAUCUGUGCAGAGAGUUUUUCUGGCCCGGAAUAGACCUGUCCGAGUGUCUGCAGUACCCAGACUUCAGCGUGGUGGUCCUGUAUCGCAAGGUAGUCAUUGGCUUUGGAUUCAUGGUACCAGACGUCAAGUUUAACGAGGCCUACAUCUCCUUCCUCUUCGUGCACCCCGAGUGGAGGGGGGUCGGCAUAGGGACGUUCAUGGUGUACCAUCUCAUACAGACCUGCAUGGGGAAAGACGUCACUCUACACGUCUCGGCCACCAACUCGGCCAUGCUGCUCUACCAGAAGUUUGGCUUCAAGCCCGAAGAGUUCAUUCUGGACUUCUACGAGAAGUACUAUCCGCAGGACAGUAGGGAGUGCAGGCACGCAUUCCUUCUAAGAUUGAGGCGGUGAUGAUGAUGAUGAUGAUGAUGAUGAUGAUGAUGAUGACUCCCAUUUGUUUUCUAAGAACAGCUUUUACCCUGACCCUUGCAGAUCUUUAUUUUUUGUUGGGUGCUGUGGUCUAAUGAUUACAGUGUUUGACUCGUGUGCCAUGGUGCAUGGGUUCAC